AUGUUUGCCGGUAUCGAAAAUGUGUUGGUAAUAUUUCUACUAGCAUCCAUGUUUAGGAAAGUGUUAUCAACGACAACUCAGUACAAUGGGCUGAUACAAGUGGACUUCGAGGGCAACGAUACCACUGUAAAGUCGACGAUACCGCCAUUGCGUUGGCAGAUAACCCCCGACUCACCGAUCACAAUGACGGCAGGAGAAAAUGCUACCGUGUGGUUCAACUACUCCGGGAUAUUUGAUGAUGAGCUAUUUUUAGUUGUUGAAAGUCGCGAUCCAACAGUCGCUAAAUUCAUUGAUAAUUCUACAGUUUUAAUGUUUCCGCUAGUACAGAUUGUCGAAGAUAACGUCAGGAUCGACAUGGAAGCUGUCCAAAUUGGAAUCACCGCCCUUGAAAUUAAAGUGGUGUUAAGUCACGCCACCAACAGGAUUGGUACUGAAGUCAGCGUGCCGUUAAACCCAUACGCUGUGAAAGUUCUUCGCAAAUACAACCCACUGUCCUUAGGCUACAAUUACAUAUUACUGCCUUUAAUUAUUCUCAACAACAUCGCAUUUGGUGCUAAAACUAACUUGAAGUCUAUUAUUCGACAGCUACGUCAUCCUUUGCACGUCAUCGUUGGUGCCGUAUGUCAGUUCAUUGUCAUGCCCUUGAUAUGCUUUGGUUUAGCCAUGCUGUUCCAUUUAGACGCGUACACCGCCGUUGGUGUUCUCACUGUAGGGUGUGUACCAGGUGAUCGUCUCAGUAUGAUGUUGACAUCUGUAGUCGGCGCUGAUCUUGAACUCAGUAUCACCAUGACAUUGGUGUUUACUCUCCUGGCGAUCGGACUGACACCACUAAAUAUGUAUAUCUAUUCGAGGCCUUUCGUGAACCGCACAGACUUACCAAUCAACAUUCAAAUACCGUUUUUGGAAAUGUUUCUACAAGUAUUAGUGCUUAUCCUCCCGAUCACAUUCGGAUAUUUUAUGGCCUGGAAGUUUGAGAAGGUUAAAUCCGUACUGAUAAAACUCGUGAAGGGACUGUCUGUAAUUGUCAUGAUUUGCACAAUUAUUUUACAAAUACUGACAAAUCGCUACGUCUUUGCAUCGCCACCCAGGUUGAUUUUGACUGCGUUUCUUGUGCCAUUUCUCGGUUUCAAUUUGGCCUAUCUUGCGGCCCGCAUAGUUCGAUUGCGUUACGUCCCGGCCAAGACCAUCGGCGCCGAAACGGGAAUUCAGAAUAACAUGCUAGCUACUUCAAUAUUGAGAUUAUCCUACCCUCAACCGGAAGCCGAUUUACUAUCACGUGUUUCUAUCUUAGCCAUUAUGUCAUCUAUGGUGGAUGGGUUAAUCUGGGUAUUUACGUACAAUUUAAGAAUGUGCAUCAAGAGGCGUCUGAAAAAGAAAGGAGGAAACCGGACAGAUGAAGACGUCCAAGGUGGUGGACAAAAUGAAUAUGAAUCUGAAUCAUCAGAAUCAGAAGAUGAACAGUUCUAUACGGUUAGCGAUAUCGAUGACGAUGACAACAACAUUUCCAACCACACGAAACCCUCGAGAAGAAAAAUCCUGAGGUUUUAUGCCGAGCAAAGGGAAUCUAAUGUUUGA